CUCAACUUGCAGAGCAGGGAGCGUAGAGGACUUAUGUGGCAAGUCGCAGCUGGUCUGAUGUGUGUAUGCAUGGAGGCUCCUCUCUUCCAGUGAAUGCAUAGACGAUGAGAGUACGUUCCACUAAUUGGUGAGGGAGGAUACGGCUCCCGGCAAGCAUCGCCUGGCACACAGUACGUUAUAAUUCCCGCUCGCGUUAUGGACGGGUUGCAGACAGAAAACGCUGGAGUUGGUGGCAUCGGGGAUAACGCGGAGGAAAAGUAUCGCGCUCUAGCCUACGACACUGCCCUGAGCACUUUGGUGGCAGUGGCCGUGUAUGUGGUGGUGAAAGUGAGCCUGGACGGCAUCAGACAGUGGCGAGCCAGGAUCUCGGUGCUCAUCGUGGGUUCGGGACCCGUGGGGCUGACGGCCGCGCUGGUCGCUGUCCGCUCCGGGAAGGUGCUGAAACUGACCGUGCUGGAUGAGAGGUACCGGACUGCCCUGCUCUGCCGGCCCCAGCAGAUCGCUUUGGAUCCCCGCAGCGUGAAGUUUCUGCUGGGACUCGGGGUGGACUUUGAUAACAUGGAGGGCUGCUGGCACAACGAGCAUUUCUUCACCAGGAUAGGCGUGUUUCAGGAGUACUUGCUGAGCAUCCUGGAGCAGAAAAAACAGAAGGUGGACGUCAAGGUGCAGCUCGGCACCAAGUUCACAGAGGAAUACCUGCGCCGGAUCCCACACAAUGACUGGCCGCGUGUGAUUGUGGUGGCUGAUGGGUCAUGUGGUGACUCCUGCUCUGUACUGGGCAUCAGCUCCGACUACACUGUGGAGUCCUGCCAUGCCUACGGAGCUAAUGCAACCAUAGAGAGAUUAGACCAGAGACAGGUGCCCACUCCUGAGAUCCGUGCCCACAGCCUGUACUUUGACCUGUCCGCUUACGGAGUGGAGGCCCUCCGAGAGCACCGAAACCCCACGACCAAACCCGGCUUCCACUUGAAAAUCUACGGCACCUUUAGAAACCGCUACAUGGCCCUCGUCUGCCCCGCCUCUGACACCAAGAUGGUUCGCUUCCUCAGGCACACAGCCAACUCCUCUAUCAUGAAGAACAUAUUCCACCAGUCCUUCAAUGCCUACAAGACGGACAUAGAGCCUCGCCUCAACGAUGUGACGCUCCACCACAUGCAGUGCAGCCGUCGUCUCUUUGAGAUUCAGUUGUCACACAGACGCAUCAGCGCUGCCUACAUAGAGGGGGACAAUGUCGCCGUCACGGUGGAGGGGGAGGCGGCACGUGUGCUCAACUUUGACACGGGUUGUGGGGUGAAUCUCGGAAUGCGGGGUCUGGAGUCAAUGGGAACGUUCAUCUACCGGACAGCCACUGCUGUGGACCAGAAUGAUAUUCUAGAGGCGCUGUCGGCUAAGAUGCAGCACUCCAGGCAGGUGGCUGAGACCUUCAAGCAGACAGGCCUGGCUGAGUCGAUGUAUGACUGAAAUAGGGCAGCAGGCUGGAGAAUACAUAAUCCCACAUAGCAGUUUUGAUGGAAACGCAUUAUUUGUGUUUACAGUGAAUGUUUACAAUGAAUCGUGAGUCUGAUGCUUAAAUGGACUACUAAUGGUUACAUGCUGAAUAGAACUGAAUGUGUGUCAACUGUGAACAGAUGGGCUAAUGGAUAUAAACAUGUGACCAUAAGUCAUAAAAACAUACAAUGAGUAGUUGGAGAGAGGAUAACCAAGGCCACUAUUAGUCCAAUAUUUGAAGCUUCUCUGAUUUUCAGGUUAUAAUGUUUGUUAAUAUUACAAACUGUGGCAGAGGGAGAUAUUUCCUUUCUUAUAACUGCAAUGAAACAGUAUACUUUGACUACUAAUGCGCUGCAGUUUGGAUUUGUGUUUCUCCAUAAAGUGCGAGAACGUAGGGGGAAGGAAUCUAAGCUCUAAUAAACUACGAGUAGUUGGAUUAAAUGAAAGCUGAUUUUCCAUUAUCAUCACUGUCUCCUUUCAUUAGUGAAAGAACUGACAUCUAAAAUCUAGCUGAUUGUGCUCUUUGGUACAUCACGUCAAUGGUGCUAGAGGAAAAGAGACUGUGCUGCAACAUUAUAGCUACGGUACAACUGGCAAAUGUGUAAAACUGUCAUUAUGUGUUUGAUUUGACAGGAGGAACACAAGAGUAGAAUCAGAUGAACUGAGGAGGGAGAUGCUCCAAAGUGUUAUUAUCAAGCCUUUUGUCUUUGUGUUUGUUUGACAAUGUGGUGAUAAUUGUGGUGAUGAUGAUGUUCUGAUGUAUUUGCUAGAGUGACCUACUUUUAUGUGCUGACUUUUCUGACAUUUUUGGCAUAUUUCAAAGAUGAUGGGUACUGCAGCUGUAUUAUUACUACUUCAUUUUGCUGAUGUCAUACUUUCCACUUUAUUAUUAUUUUUUAAUAUUUUGCUCCAGGUGAUCUAAAAGGACUUAACGUAAGCACCACCUCUAGAAGUAUUAAUUAAGAUGAUGGAGGGUAUGUUGAUAAAAAUGUCCUGCUCCUGUUAAAGUGCCAAUAAAGAUGGUGACACACUAUCUGAUCUGACAAAAAGGAUAUGGAUAUAAAAUAUGGUCUAUCAGAGAUUCAGAGAUUAAAUGUAAUCCAAUAAAGAGUAUCACGAUAUAAUAUUUUAUGCUACUCUGGGCUCUAAAAAAAUAAAAAUAAAAAGAUUUGAUGGAAAUCGAUAUAUUGUUCUUUAGAAACUAACUUGACAAUUAAAUUUCACAUUUAAACCACAUGCAUUCAUUUGUCCAUUGUAAAGUAGAAUACAAUAAUUAUGGCUUCAAAACAGACUGAUCUAUGAGACUCUAUCCUCCAGUUUCUAAAUGCUAAAGUAAGAAAAGAAUUGUACUAUUAAACAGUUUUACAAGCUGCUGUGUGAAAACCCUGCAGACACUUAGGUAUUGGCAGCACAUGAUGGUUGAUAUGAAGCUGUACUGUCCUCUAGUGGUGUAGCAUGUCUGAUGCAUCUGCCUCACCUCACCAUGUUUUUAUGAUGAAGUAGGACAAUUCAAUCAGUAAUUUUGUCUACUUAAAGCUGUAGAUCCUCCAAAAACACUUCUGAGUCACUAUAAAUGACAUGUCAUCAAUGAAACCGGUAUGGAUACAAUAUCUCACACAAGAACACUCUUGUAUAUUCUGGGCUUCAUUAAUAGAAGUAUUGGGCAUCUUUUUUCUACCACUGCUAUCGUACUAGUAUUACUCCUGCUACUUCACCAGUGUGUUGCUUGAUUUCAAAUGCAUGAAAAGCCUUAAGAGUUUCAGAAGUUGAAUCUACUCUCUCCUCUUCUCUCUUCUCUUCCUGUGUGGGUCUGAAGAGAAACAGUACAUGUAAAUGAUAAAUGUGUUAUGAAAUGAUGCAUGAAAUGAUGUCUUAUCCUCCAGGAAAUUAUCAUAUGAGCACAUAUUUGAGAAUAAUUGAUACUAGGCUGACAAGUCUAAGAUGCUACAAUCUACUGUUAACUGGCAACAUACAGUACUGUAUGCACCCUUGAAACAACACAACAGUACCACAAGUUUACAAUUGCUUCUCCAUCAGAUUGAACAUAGUGACAACAUUUUCA